AUGACCACCUUCCCGCAGGCUGGCUCUGUAAGAGCUACAAUCAACAAGGAAGAUACUCCAGGAUUUUCUCGAGAGUCAUCUGGAUUCAACUUGUAGCAAGAAGCUAUUCUCAGACUGGGAGAGAUGGCACUGGCUCUGGCAGCCUCAUGCUCCCUCUUGCUUCUCUUUCUGGGGCUGUGGGAGGUCCCAGUCAGCGCAAAGCCCAAGAACCUGACCGAGGCCCAGUGGUUUCAAGUUCAGCAUGUCCAGCCCAGACGUCUCCGGUGCAACCAGGGCAUGAGAAUUAUUAACUCUUACAUAAAGCGCUGCAAACCCCGUAACAGCUUCAUCCAUGACUCUUUCCCAAACGUGGCCAGAGUCUGUAGAUCCCCCAACAUAACCUGUAAGAACGGCCAGAAGAACUGUCAUCAGAGCCCUAACACAGUUUCCAUUACCCAAUGUGACCUCAUCUCUGUGACACAAUCCAACUGAGGCUACACGUACACCCGCCUUGUUAAAGCCUUCGUUGUGGCCUGUGAUCCCCCUAAAGCUGGCGAUCCCCCUGGAUAUCAGCUGGUUCCUGUGCACCUGGAUGCCUGAAAACCUUCUGUCCAGGACUGCAGCUGGAAGGCCAACUUAUUGGUUCUCUUGCUGCUUUCUGCGCUGGCCCACAGGGGUCCUCUCUUCUAGUUUACACCUUUCUAGGGCAGGGCUUCUUAAACUUUUUCCACUCCAGAUCCCUUUUCGCCUGAGAAAUUUUUACACAACCCCAGGUAUAU